AUGGGGCGCGGGAAGGUGCAGCUGAAGCGGAUCGAGAACAAGAUCAACCGGCAGGUGACCUUCUCCAAGCGCCGCUCGGGGCUGCUGAAGAAGGCGCACGAGAUCUCCGUGCUCUGCGAUGCCGAGGUCGCGCUCAUCAUCUUCUCCACCAAGGGCAAGCUCUACGAGUUCGCCACCGACUCAUGUAUGGACAAAAUUCUUGAACGCUAUGAGCGCUACUCCUAUGCAGAAAAGGUUCUCGUUUCAACGGAAUCUGAAAUUCAGGGAAACUGGUGUCACGAAUAUAGGAAACUGAAGGCGAAGGUUGAGACAAUACAGAAAUGUCAAAAACACCUCAUGGGAGAAGAUCUUGAGUCUUUGAAUCUCAAGGAGUUGCAGCAACUGGAGCAACAGCUGGAAAGUUCACUGAAACACAUCAGAUCCAGAAAGAACCAGCUAAUGCACGAGUCGAUUUCUGAGCUACAAAGGAAGGAGAGGUCACUGCAGGAGGAGAAUAAAGCUCUGCAGAAGGAACUUGUGGAGAAGCAGAAGGCCCAUACACAGCAAGCUCAGUGGGAGCAAACACACCCGCAAACUAGCUCUUCUUCCUCCUCCAUGCAGAGGGAAGCUCCGCCAACAACAAAUAUCAGUAAUCGCCCAGCAGCGGCCGGCGAGAGGACAGAGGAGGCAGCAGGACAGGCUCAGGCCCGCGUGGGGCUUCCACCAUGGAUGGUGAGCCACAUCAGCGGCUAA